CCAUCCAAUGAGCGCGUGGUCGCGUUGCUCUGCUGCUAUUGCUGUGCUACAAAGUUCACAGUUGGCCCGUCUGAAUGUAAUUCUCUAAAGUUAUUCUCUUUCAAGUCUGAUUUUUAACCUGCUCGCAUCAUCAAAGCCUCACGCGCGGACUGGGGACUGGAGAUAAACCCGCAGGAAACUAAACCUUGGAAAUGUUGUCGAAAGUACGCUGGUCUUUUUCCGUUCCCCGAUGUAGUUGUGAAUUUUUGGCAUAAUUUCAAGAAGAGCGUCUUUGUUUUCUCUACUGGACUUGUCUCCGAUUGCUUUGUGCUUUUGAUCCAUCGCCUUGGAAUUUCUUUUUUACUUUCUCAAACUAGCAGGCGUAUAUAAUCUUACUUAUUUAACUGGAAUAUCAGUAGAAAUAUCCGGACAACUGUAACUAAACGUUACAUUUCUUGCUCUUCUUAUUGAGCAACAUGCCCAUUAGGCGUUUUGGGGGUCACAAGUCUUUGGUUUCUCAUUCUCCUAAACUGUCUUAUGGUUACACCAAAAUGAAUAUUUCAAAGAGUGGCUACCGCGUGUUUUCUGCCAACUCCACCACCGCGUGCACUGAACUGGCCAAGAGGAUCACAGAGCGGUUAGGUGUUGAGCUGGGCAAGUCUGUCGUAUACCAAGAGGCAAACAGAGAGACUCGAGUAGAUGUGAAAGAGUCCGUCCGGGGGCAAGACAUUUUCAUCAUUCAAACUAUUCCAAGGGAUGUAAACACUGCUAUAAUGGAGCUGCUCAUCAUGGCAUAUGCCCUGAAGACAUCCUGUGCCAAGAACAUUAUUGGAGUUAUUCCUUACUUUCCAUACAGCAAACAGUGCAAAAUGAGAAAGAGAGGCUCCAUUGUUUGUAAACUACUGGCUUCGAUGUUGGCUAAAGCUGGUCUGACUCACAUCAUUACCAUGGACCUUCAUCAAAAGGAAGUUCAAGGCUUCUUCAGCUUUCCUGUGGAUAACCUGAGAGCAUCACCGUUUCUCAUUCAGUAUAUCCAGGAAGAGAUCCCUGAUUAUAGGAAUGCAAUUAUUGUUGCCAAGUCCCCUUCCUCCGCCAAAAGAGCUCAGUCGUACGCAGAGAGACUGAGACUUGGCUUGGCAGUGAUGCAUGGAGAGGCCCAUCACUCAGAGCUAGACAUGGCUGACGGCCGCCAGUCCCCCCCCCUCUCCCGCACCAGCACAGGGCACACUGGCCUCGAACUGCCUGGCAUCAGACAUCAGAUCCCUUUCCCUGGGAUAGAGCUCCCAAUUAUGAUGGCAAAGGAGAAACCACCAAUCACUGUUGUUGGAGAUGUUGGAGGCCGGAUUGCUAUUAUUAUUGAUGACAUUAUAGACGAUGUGGAGGACUUUGUAGCAGCAGCUGAGAUCCUUAAGGAGCGAGGAGCCUAUAAGAUUUACAUUAUGGCAACACACGGGCUGCUGUCUGCGGAGGCUCCCAGACUCAUAGAGGAGUCUGCCAUAGAUGAGGUUGUGGUGACCAACACUGUUCCUCAUGAGAUACAGAAGCUGCAGUGUCCCAAAAUCAAAACUGUGGAUGUGAGCAUGAUCCUGGCAGAGGCCAUUCGCCGCACCCACAAUGGAGAGUCUAUGGCCUAUCUGUUCCGAAACAUCGCUGUGGAUGACUGAGGCAAUGCAUGCUCUGAUAUUCCUCUGUUUACACUGCAUGACCAAAGACACAAGGACCAACCACACAGCUCCUGUAUGUUUAUGUGAACACAAAGCCAUGUUUCAAGCAUUUAAUCUUUGACCUGAAAUCCAACUUGUUUCCUGUUAAAAUAGAAUGGUGAAAGAGCACUCACAAAAAUUAUCCUUUGUACUAGUAAUUCUAAAACAAUUUAACUUUUUCCCACAGUAUUCUGAUUUGUCAUAAUAGCACCUGUAUUCAUUAAACUACUACUGUUUGCCCUUUAUUGCAUAGAAA